AUGGACUUCCAAGGACGACAACCAGGUUUUCAUUACUUCAUCACCCCAAACCGACCUCAAUGCAUAUUAGGUCAGAAACUCGAAGUUCUUGUCAUCCAUAACCCUUCACGUCCGAUUUCUCCACCAACACCGAGCAAGAACCUUGUUGCCGGAAAAACCUACAAGGUUGGAGACUCAGAAGUAAGAGAAGUCUAUAAUAGUGACUUCUAUACAAGUGAAGUGAGAAGAAAAAAUUUCAUGUGGGAGAUAUUCGAUUUUUCGAGUAUGCCAACAAAGUCAACGAUGUCUAUGAAAUCAACGGUGAUCUAG